AUCAACCCUGUUCUUUUGGCUCAAGAAAUUUUCACGUAAACGUUUUCGCAGAAGAUAAACAUAUAAAAAAGCAUAUGCGGAUUAAGCGGAAUGUGCAAAGUUUUUGGUAAAUAAUUUUAACGUUUUAAGACAGAUCAAUUUAAUUGCGAAUAUUAUGUCGUCCAUUAUAACGCGCAAGGAUGCCGAAAGCGCCGACGCCGACGAACCGAAAUCAAAAUCAUCCUCAGCCAACAAACGCAGCGCGGCUAGCGCUGGCGCUGGCAGCGACGUCGGCGUCGAUGCUGCACCCAAGAAGUCACGUUUUGAUGUCAAGGAAAAGAAUGGUUCCUCCGUGGACGCAAUGGCCGCAUCGCUGAGCUCCACACAAAUUAAACUGAUGAUGGCCCAUGCGCAGCGGGAGAUCGAGGAGCGCAAAAGGGCGCUGAGUAAUCUGCGGGACAAGGAUCCUCUGCUGGCGUCCGUGCCACAGAUUGGCAUGCCGGUGGCACUGGCCACGCAGGCGUUAUCCAAAAAGCCCACGCCCGAGGACUCGGACAAGGCCAAGAAGAUAGCCGAGCUGCAGGCACAAAUUCGUGCCAAAUUAACUGGUAAUCUGGCCAAUAUAAUACAACAACAGCCCACAGCAGUGGCUGCAGCGGCGGCGGCAGCUGCGCAGCAGCAACAGGAGCGUCCCAAGCCCCUCAUACUGGACGAGGAGGGACGCACCGUGGACAAGAGUGGACGUGCCAUCAAUAUACCCACAGUGACGCCCACGCUCAAGGCAAACAUACGCGCCAAGAAGCGAGAGGUGUUCCAGCGUCAGACCACCGGACCCGAAGGCAGCGGCGGCAACAGCGGCUCGACGAGCACCGGUCAGGACGAUGCCAUCAAGUACUUUGACGAUCGCAUUGCCUUGAAGCCGACGGUGCGAAAUAAGCGAACGUUGCGCUUCCACGAACCUGGCAAAUUCCAACAGCUGGCCGAGCGUAUGCGGAUGAAGAGUCAGCUGGAGCGACUGCAGAAUGAGAUAUCCCAAAUAGCGCGGAAGACGGGCAUCUCGUCAGCCACAAAGCUGGCACUUAUCGCCCCCAAGCAGGACAUGCCCGACGAUGUACCCGCAAUGGAAUGGUGGGACUCGGUCAUCCUCACCCAGGACAUGCAGACUGUGGAUGAGGCCAGUGGCAAGAUCAGCAUACGCCAAACAGCCAUCAGUAAUCUCAUAGAGCAUCCCACGCAGAUGAAGCCGCCAAAUGAACCAUUGAAGCCGGUCUAUUUGCCUGUGUUUCUGACCAAAAAGGAACGCAAAAAGUUGCGUCGCCAGAAUCGCCGUGAAGCGUGGAAGGAGGAGCAGGAGAAGAUACGAUUGGGGCUGGUGGCGCCACCAGAGCCAAAGCUGCGCAUCUCGAAUCUGAUGCGUGUGCUGGGCACCGAUGCUGUCCAGGAUCCCACCAAGAUUGAGGCGCAUGUGCGCGAGCAAAUGGCGAAGCGUCAGAAGGCGCACGAAGAUGCCAACAAUGCCAGGAAGUUAACCAGCGAACAGAAGAGCGAGAAGAAGCAACGCAAGCUGAAGGAGGAUACCAGUUGUGGUGUCCAUGUGAGCGUCUAUCGCAUCCGUGACCUGCAGGACAAUCAAAGUAAGAAGUUCAAAGUGGAAACGAAUGCCAAACAACUCCAGAUGACCGGAAGUGUUGCCCUAUUCCGGGAUUGCUGUGUCGUUGUUGUCGAGGGCGGACCAAAGCAACAGAAAAAAUACCGACGACUCAUGUUGCAUCGCAUCAAGUGGGAGGAGGAUCUGGUCAAGGGCAACGAUGGCCAGGAUGUGGCAAAUUCCUGUGUUCUCGUCUGGGAGGGAACCAGUCAGCGUCGUCACUUUGGCGAAAUCAAAUUCAAGAUAUUCCCAAUGGAGAAAAUGGCACGAGAGUUCUUUCAAAAGCAUCAGGUGGAACACUAUUGGGAUCUGGCCUAUUCUGGCGCUGUCUUGGAGGCAUCCACGGAUCAACAGUAGUAGUGUUGAUCCAUCUUAUUUAAGACCACAAAAAUUGUUAACAGUUUAGAUAUUUAAGCUCAAAAUUAUAAACAUUCAGUUUUUUCAAAACAGAA